AGCAGUGACCGUGAGCUGGGGGAAAACUGAGGCACGAAAACAUGGAGGAACCCAUCCAGGUGAUGGAACAGAAGGUGCUGACGGUAACGGCAGAGACAUCCCGGUGCCUGGACACCGGCUCUUCCCCUUCAGCAUCCCAGGCUGAGCCCCAGCGCUGCCCUUGGCACUGCCUGCCCACAGACAGCAGUGGGACACACUCCUGCACCUGGGUGGCCUGAUCCCGGUCCCCUGUGUCCUCCUCCGUGGGAGCAACCGGGAUAUUAAGUGUCAGCGCUGGAGGGAGAAAUACAAGUGGAGGAAUCCCGGGAAACUGGUUUUACCCCUCCGUCCGGUGCCGGCGGCAGGACGGCGGCUGUGGCGGCGCUCCUCCCUCGGCAAAGGCAUAUAAUGCCUGCCAUGGUCCCGGGAGCCGGCACUGCACAGCGGGAGGCGGGCAGGGGUGCCGGGAGCGAGCCAUGGCCUCCAUGGGCAUGCAGGUGCUGGGCAUCGCCCUCUCCGUCAUCGGCUGGUUGGCCUCCAUCCUCUGCUGCGCGCUGCCCAUGUGGCGGGAGACGGCCUUCGUGGGGAACAACAUCGUGGUGGCCCAGAUCAUCUGGGAAGGGCUGUGGAUGAGCUGCGUGGUGCAGAGCACAGGGCAGAUGCAGUGCAAGGUGUACGACUCGCUGCUGGGCCUGCCACAGGACCUGCAAGCCGCCCGUGCCAUGGUGGUGGUGGCCAUCGUCCUGGCCAUCCUGGGCACCCUGCUCGCCGUCGCCGGCGGCAAGUGCACCAACUGUGUGGAGGACGACACCGCCAAAGCCAGGGUCAUGAUCCUCUCGGGCAUCAUCUUCAUCGUGGCCGGCGUCCUCAUCCUCGUCCCCAUCUCUUGGUCGGCCAACAGCAUCGUCCAGGACUUCUACAACCCGCUGAUCGCCGACUCCCAGAAGCGGGACCUGGGCUCGUCCCUCUACAUUGGCUGGGCGGCCUCUGCUCUGCUGCUGCUGGGGGGGGGCAUCCUGUGCUGCACCUGCCCCCCCCGGGGGGAGAAGUACUGA